UACAAUCACUGUUUUCGAGACACUAGAAUAGCUAACAUCGUUCAGCUUCAGCUGAAGCACAAAGAAUAUGAACGAAUUCAAGUUAAAAUCAUGCUUUCCAAUACUGUUAAUUAUUUGUGUAGUUAGUAGUGUAGAAGUUAAACUAAACAAUAAUGAGGGACGUUCUUUCACCAUCGAUUAUGAUCGGGACACCUUCGUGAUGGAUGGCAAAGACUUCCGUUACGUGGCCGGUUCAUUCCACUACUUUAGAGCCCUUCCACAAACGUGGCGAACGAAACUGAAGACGUUGCGCGCGGGUGGACUCAACGCUGUGGACCUGUAUGUGCAAUGGUCACUGCACAAUCCGAAGGAGAACCAAUACGUGUGGGACGGUAUCGCAAACAUCACCGACGUGAUUGAGGCUGCCAUUGAAGCUGACCUGUAUGUCAUCUUGAGACCGGGGCCAUAUAUUUGCGCAGAGAUUGACAACGGCGGAUUGCCAUACUGGCUGUUUACCAAGUAUCCAGGCAUACAGGUUCGUACAAGCGACGCCAACUAUACUAAGGAGGUGGCAGUUUGGUACGAAAAGCUUUUGUCUCAAUUGACCCGAUAUAUGUAUGGGAAUGGAGGUCCCAUCAUCAUGGUACAACUGGAAAACGAAUAUGGCGCUUUUGGUAAAUGUGACAAGCAGUAUCUGAAUUUUUUGAAGGAAGAAACGGAAAAAUAUACCGAAGGAAAAGCAAUAAUGUUCACGGUCGAUAGACCAUAUGGAGAUGAAAUGGAGUGCGGUCAGGUACCUGGAGUAUUUGUUACAACUGACUUUGGUCUGAUGACUGACGAAGAGGUUGAUAUUCACAAAGCCAAACUGCGCUCAGUCCAGCCCAACGGGCCUCUGGUGAACACUGAGUUCUACACGGGAUGGUUGACGCAUUGGCAAGAAAGCAACCAACGCAGACCAGCGGAGCCGCUGGCAAAAACUCUACGCAAAAUGCUUAGUGAUGGUUGGAACGUUGACUUCUAUAUGUACUUCGGGGGAACCAAUUUUGGAUUUUGGGCAGGGGCCAAUGAUUGGGGCCUUGGAAAAUAUAUGGCCGAUAUAACAUCUUACGAUUACGACGCUCCCAUGGACGAGGCUGGCGAUCCUACAAUGAAGUACACAAUCUUUCGUGAUAUUAUUGGAGAGUACAUUGAUCUACCGGCUGUCCGGGUACCGGAUCGAGCACCAAAAAUGACACACGAUCCAAUUUCAAUGGCCAGUGUGGACAGUCUCUUCUCAACGAACUCCAGAAAUAUUUUAGGUUCACCUGAGCGGAAAUCCAACUUCUUAAUGACAUUCGAAGAACUUAAUCAAAACUCCGGUUUUGUGUUGUAUGAAACUACGUUGCCAAAACUCACUCGCGAUCCGAGCCAACUAACUAUUAACGAAUUGAGAGAUAGAGCUCAAAUCUAUGUAGAUGAAUUUUACAUUGGUACACUAUCGAGAGAAAACAAUAUAAAUAACCUUCCAAUUUCCGCUGGAUGGGGAUCAAAGCUCUCAAUUUUCGUAGAAAAUCAAGGUCGAAUAAACUUCGACGUUCUAGAUGAUUACAAGGGCAUACUGGGUAAUGUAACAAUUCAAAUUUACGACGAACCUUACUACAAGGAGUUAACGGACUGGACAAUCACGGGUUAUUCAUUUGAAAAUUUAAAUCAACUCAAACAAAUAACCGAUACCGUGUCAGAUGGACAGGGAGUGAAUGGACGUGGGAUGGCAAUCCAUGGUCCUGUUAUAUUUAAGGGAAAACUCGAUAUUGGCAGCAGCUCUAUCCAAGACACGUACAUCGAUAUGACAGGCUGGGGAAAGGGCUUCAUCGUGGUGAAUGGUUUCAAACUUGGACGCUAUUGGCCGGUAAUUGGACCACAAGUAACCAUGUAUCUUCCGAAGGAACUGCUGAACGAAGGUUCCAAUGAAAUCAUUCUGGUGGAAUUGCAAAGGGCUCCAACUGACAAAUUACUCCAUUUCACCGAUAGUGCUAUUCUCGACGAAGCUUAACAGAUGUAUAAUAAAAUAAUGAUUUUUAAUAUUUCA